CAAACAUGGCCGAAGACUCGCGAGGAAGUCGCAUUUUCUCCGAUUUUAACUCCGCUUUCAAUCGUGAUCCUGACAUAGAUGAGUUUGAUAUAAUUCCAAUCCUUGAGCCAAAGCAAAACCGUAGUCCGGUGGUGUUAAUUGAUCACAAACUUGGUUUAGAGCAUUGGUGUGUUCGGAUACUCUAUAGUUAUGCCUAUGAUAGGCUCAUGGACUGGAGGACUAAGCACCUUGGUGCAAGGUCGCUAGAUUACGGUCAUGUUAUUGAGCUGACGAGAGCAGUGCUUGCAGUGAACCCUGAUGUGGCCACAGCAUGGAAUAUAAGAAAGGAAACGGUUCAGAAAGGACAUCUACGAGUUGCUCAAGAUUUUAAGUUUGGUGCAUUGCUUCUGCGAAAGCACCCUAAGAGUCCAGAGACAUUUUGUCAUAGAAAGUGGUUAUUCAAUCAUCUGAUGAGGACAGACCCAAGGUUUGCGCCACUAAACUUUGAUCUAGAUCCACUCAAUAUCGAUGCCAUAAAUGUUCAGCUCGCGCCGUCAGGAAAUGUGGGUGAAAUGAGGCUGCAGAUACCAUCUGACGUCCUUAACCUGGUGCAGGAAGAGAUGAGUGUCUGCCAGAUGGCUGCUGACCGUUAUCCGAGUAAUUAUAACGCAUGGAGCCAUCGCAUCUGGGUGCUGCAACACGUGGGAAAAUGUGAUAGACAGAUUCUCCUGACAGAGCUAGAUCAAACCAAAGAAUGGGUUUCUCUGAAUAUCUCCGAUCACAGUGGAUUCCACUAUCGUCAGUUUGUAGUGCGCCACCUAUAUCCUGACCAUGAAAGCGAUGAAGUUGACAAGACGAUCCUGGAAGUUGAGCUUGAUGAUACGACUGAUUUGUUAAAGAGGUAUCCCGAACACGAAUCUGUUUGGUGUCACAGACGCUUCAUUGUUGAAUACCUGCAAAGCACUAGUAACCAUGAGACGAGGGAUGGCUCACCCGAUCGUGAAGUCACAAAAAAGAGUCGCCUCGAUGUCGAAGACGACACCAAUUUAGAUAUCAUUCAACGAGAAUUGGAAUUCUGUAAAAAGUUUAUCAAUAAUAGCAAGAAAAAGUCUGUGAAGCAGCAACUGGCAUUGAAGUAUAGAACCUGGCUAGAAAGAACUUUUAUGGAGUGUGUUGAUGACCUUUAGUACAUUUUCUCCCCAGACACUGAGCUUGACUUUGGGGACUGGUAUGAAGUGCAUUGACGAUCUUUGGUACCAUGUCAGUGCAAAGAACAGAGCGUAAUUUGACAGGACUGUUAUGAGGUGCAAUGAUGAUCUCUAGUACAGUGUCAGUGGAAAAAUUCAGCUUAAUUUGAAAGAACUGUUAUGAAGUGUGUUGAAAAUCGUUUAACCAUGCCAGCACGAAGAGGUGCAUUUGCUUUGUUAUGCUUCAUAGCAUUUAUGAUCACAGGUCACACAUACAAAAAUAGCUUGUUUGCGUGACACUUCAUUACACCACAUGACAUGACAUGAGCAACCUCUCUUCACUUGUGUAAAUAUAAAAUCUUGAUGUAUAUAAGGGUCAAGUUUUUUCCUGUAGCUGUUUAGCCAACUUGCAAAGCCAACCAUUUUUCAUCAACUACAAGACCUGUUCAUUGCUCUGUAUGUACACCAUAGCUGAAAAAGACUGAAUGUUUUCAUUGUGUUACCGGUAGGCAAGGGGAGGGAGGAGGUUGGUAAGCCGUAACUUCAUUGUCUGAAAUUUUGUCCGAGACAAGAGGAAACUUGAUUAGUCUUGCCUGAGGGUGUUUGGCAAGGGAGAGAUUAAGUUAUUUUGUCUUUUUCAGCUUCAAUAUAUUUUGCGAUAAUCCCUUAAUCUGUUGCCUGGUAAUGCAAUAUAAUAAUGUUAUGAAAUGCAAUGAGCACAAUCAUGAGGGAAACAUCAUGUCAAUUCCUUUAGGACGUCUUGACCCUUGUAUCUAUUGGAUAUGACAUUUAUGAGAUAUGUAAACAAGGGUUUUGUUUCUCUUUCAAUCAAGCCUGGAAUGUUGUUGAGUGCAAUAAGAAAGUAGGUUAUGUUGGCAUUCCUAGCUCGAUUUCUUUUGGGGUGUUGAGAACUGUACGAAGAGCAGGAAACACAACAUCAGUUCCAUCUAAUGCUUUGAUGUUCAGGGUCCAAGCCAUUUUAAAAUAGCCAUGGUGUUUUCUUGAUGAUUACCAACAGCUUCACAUCUUACUUUCUAUGUUAACCUGUGUGUUCUAUUUAUCAAAAAGUAUUAAAGUGUUCUUCUCCGGCAAUGGAAAUGGUCCUAGAAAGUCGGUUUUUUUAGCCUGAGAAAAAGCUAUCCCCUCUUUCUUUUCCUUCAUUAAUGUGCCCAACAUGACCCUUGUUGAUUGGUCAAAAGCCAGAGGACACCACCCUGGCCACAAAGCUCUGAACUUCAUUCAUCUCCCUGAUUUAUCUUCGCUGUUAAAACUGCCGUGCUAUUUUCUCAAAUUGUUAUUAUUUACACCUGUUCAAGAACUGAAUGAAGUUCAAUAUUGUUAUUGUUAGGUGCUGUCAAAGCAGUUGAACUCUUUCAAUGCCACUCAGCCUCCUUAGAAAAUACUGUAAAUUUGCCUCUAGGAAUUCCCAUUAUAUAUGUACUGUGAACCGACAAAUUUUUGCGGCUUUCAUGAAUAACUGUGAUUUGCAAAAAUAUAAAUUGCAAUAACAUAUUUCUUUUGGUGGAAAAACAAUAAGACAUUUCGUAGUCGAAAGUCGUGAAAAUGCUACUACAUGUAUUUUAAAGAUUUUUUGCAAGUUGCCAAAAUAUAUGUGUGUUGAUACAAAAAAUUUCCAUUGUUGUGUAUAAAUGAUAGAAACAAGGACAUCAAGACAAUUCUGUUAAGCAUUGAGCAUACAUACAGCCACCUAAUGGUUUGAUGUUUUGGUAAUUAAUAAUGGCACAAUUCAGCUAUAUUUUCUUCUUAUUACUGUUAACCUGGGAAUAUUCUUUGGCUAAUUUUGUUUGUGCAAUCUAUCUGUAGAACUCAAUACUCGAGCCCAAAAUAUAAUUUCUCAAAUCAUUUUUUUGGAAGAAAAUUUCACAAAACAGUAAAGGUUUUCAAGCUGAAAAUAUCUCAUGGCCAGUUAAGUGUAUGUAACUUGUACAGUCUAUUGUAUACAAAUAUAACGGUGCUUUUCAA